CAAGUGCUGUGAUUAAAGGUAUGCGCACCACGCCCAGCUGGUGGAGUUCCUGUUAGGUAAAUCUUUCGAUAUUAAACUAAGAAAGGGGUCCAGGGAUAUAGCUCAAUUGAUAGGGUGCUUGCCUAGCACUAGGCCCUGGUUAAAUCCCAACAUUGCAUAAAGCCAAGUUUGGUUGUGCGUGCCAGUAUCAGUAUAUACUUGGGAGAUAAAGGCAGGAGAUAAGGGAUAUCUUAACUGCAUAAAUCAAAACUGGUAUGAAUAUAUAUACUUUAAGAUUCCAUUAAUUAUCAAGUCUUAAGUGGUAGUAGAAACCAAAUCUUGGUUUCUAUUUUGGUUGUGUAGGUCUCCUAUCAGUCAAGUUACCAUGCUUUCUUGUCAGUUAUAAGUUAUUUGGUAAGUUUUUUAUAUAGAAGUUUUUCAGAAACCCAAUUUGUAAUGAAGGAGAUUUAUGUUUCUUGUCAAGAGAUGAGGUGCCCCUGCAAGAAGUGCAAAUGUGCAUAAGUACAAAAGCAAGAGUCAAUCAAGGUCGACCAUCAUGGUACACAUUUUCUUAUUUGUACCCUGUGGUAUAUAAGUGGUAUAAGAGCUGGAGGAGUUCUGUGAACUGUAUAGUCCAUCCUGAGUUCUUAAAUGGAAUUGUGUCUCAUAAGACAGAAAUAGUAUGUAUUUCAGGAAAUUAUAAACUGAAGUAAGGGCUGUUGGAAACUUUGUUCUUUCCUUUUAGUUUCUCUAUGCUUGCUUCAAAACAUCUUUUUGGUUAAUCAGAAUAAGUGAAGAUGGUAGUCAAAAUUGGGGGGAGGUGUAAUGUUACUAAUUGUUGUGUCUUUGAUUUCUGGCAUGUGUGCUGUCAUGAGUUCAGAUGAUGUAUACAGCUAUUUUGGCCUGGGAUGCUUUGCUUCAGCAGUGCCUGAAUUUCUUAGUGUGUCUUAUUGAAAGUUAAUUCUAAGAUCAGUAAGAACCUUUAGCCUAUAAAAUAGUGGAAAAUGAAUAUUUAGGUGGGGGAAUUGCAGUUUAUGUUUGAAUUACAUAUUUAUAUUAAAAUUAGGGACUAGAAUGGAACAUGAAAGGGGAGGAGGGCAAAGAGAAUGGUUAAAACCUUUAGAGAAAUUCAGUAAAUUCUGUUAGACUACACUUUUGAACAUUUUUAAAUACUAUAAAAUUUGUUUUUUGUUUUUUUUUUUUAAUUUAUUUUUAAAUAAACUAGUUAUUUGCACUUUACCUGCUGGCCUUCCCAUUUGGUAGAUAACAUUCUGAACUCCAGCAGAGUUUUAUAAUCCCCACGUGCUUAAAUAUACUAAAUGUUCUUUUUCCAUUAAGGUUAAUGUUCGUGAAGAAAUUGAAGAGUUUUUUCCAAGAAUGUGGAAGAUAAAUCAAGAUAAAAGAAGGCUAAUGAAAAGUAUUAAAGAUCAGAAAAUUAAAAUUGAAUGGGGGAAAAAAUUGAACAGAAGAUUGGUCAGAUAGAAGCACUUGAAUAUUUUUUUUAAGGCUAUUUUGAAUUGUUUGAAUUGGGGAAGAAUACACGAAGUAUGAAAAAUGAAAAACUCAAUGAAGAAUGAAGAGAAGUAGAAAGCAAGAGUGAAGUAGAAUUAAAAGAAUCUGGAAGAAUGAAUGGGUCCUAGGUUAAGUAAAUGAGUCUCGCUCUCCGUCAAAAUCUCCAACGGGGACUCCUGCUCGUGUAAAAUCAGAGAGCAGGUCAGGGUCUCGUAGUCCAUCAAGGGUUUCCAAACAUUCUGAAUCCCAUUCUCGAUCGAGAUCAAAAUCCAGGUCAAGGUCAAGGAGGCAUUCUCAUAGACGCUACACUCGAUCCAGGUCACACUCUCAUAGGAGACGAUCUCGGAGUAGGUCCUAUACACCCGAGUAUAGGCGGCGGAGGAGCCGGAGUCACUCUCCAAUGUCUAAUCGCAGAAGGCAUACUGGCAGCAGGGCAAACCCAGAUCCUAACACUUGCUUGGGAGUAUUUGGCCUCAGUUUGUACACAACGGAGAGAGAUCUUCGUGAAGUGUUUUCCCGAUAUGGACCUCUGAGUGGUGUUAAUGUAGUUUAUGAUCAGCGAACUGGAAGGUCACGUGGAUUUGCUUUUGUGUAUUUUGAGAGAAUAGAUGACUCUAAGGAGGCUAUGGAAAGAGCAAAUGGGAUGGAGCUGGAUGGUAGAAGAAUUCGUGUGGAUUAUUCUAUCACCAAGAGAGCACACACACCUACACCCGGCAUUUACAUGGGCAGACCAACUCAUAGCGGUGGUGGAGGUGGCGGAGGAGGAGGUGGUGGCGGCGGCGGUGGUGGCGGUGGUAGACGACGAGAUUCUUACUACGAUAGAGGAUAUGAUCGAGGCUAUGACAGAUACGAAGAUUAUGAUUACCGGUACAGAAGAAGGUCGCCCUCUCCUUACUACAGUCGCUACAGGUCACGAUCAAGAUCCCGUUCCUAUAGCCCAAGACGCUAUUGAUAUUGGAGUGAUUGUGCCCAAGGACUUUGCUUUUUCUUUUUGAUUUUGUAUUCCCAACCUUCCAUGCUUCCUAGUCCUUUAAAAAAACAAAACAACCUGGUUUAUUUAAUCUCUGCGUGGCCAGUUGUGCUGCUGUCUCCACCCUUUGUUAUACUCUAAAGGUGUGAUUGUCUUUUCAGUGGUGAACAUCCUGAGGGAAGGGACCCUGGGUUAUGCUUUGUGCUUCCUUUGCCUUUACAGAGGAUUAACUUCUUUCUUUGAGGACAGAAAACAUCUUUUGAAAACUUUUUCUGAUGGAUAUUGUGGUAGACAUUAGAAAUCUGUGGUAUGAUAAACUGCUUUUUAAUCUUCUUUGGGGAAGGUAAAUAACACUUUAAGUAGGUCAGUCAUGUCAGCUUUGUCUGGAGUGGCAUGGAACAGUUGAAUAGUUGAGUGUAGAACGUUUGAAGCUCUAGGAGAAAAUGUGGGACAUUUCUUUUGAAGAAUAUAACUUUGAACCUAAGAAUUAAGUCACCUUUUAGAAAUAAAAAGCUUGUAAUUCCUAUAAGACAUGUUGUAUUUGAAUUUACAUGUUAAACCUUAUAAACUUAAAGUGUGAUUUUUAUGUUAAAUUUACAGAAACUUAAGUAUUCCCUUAAUCACUGAAGGACAACCUUUAUUUAUUAACUAGAACAAUUGUAUAACUUGCUGUUAGAAAUUUUGGUAUUGGGACAUUGGUUACAUGGGUUAUUGUAUAGGAUCCUAAAAUACAUGUGGGGAAGAGUAAUUUCAAAUAAAAGUUAAUUUGAAAAUG